ACGUGUUUGUACUCUGCCGAAGUUGACAGUGUAAAUAAUUUUAUUUUAUAAUUGUUAAUAAGAAUUUAGUUAUACAAAAAUGGGAAAGAAAACCAAAAUUGGAAAGCAGAGGCGAGAUAAGUAUUAUCACCUUGCCAAAGAAACUGGCUACAGGUCUCGUGCUGCUUUCAAGUUGAUUCAGUUGAAUCGGAAAUUUGAGUUCCUUCAAAAGUCAAGAGUAUGUAUCGACCUUUGUGCAGCUCCAGGAGGAUGGAUGCAAGUAGCCCAUGAAAAUAUGCCUGUUUCUUCUAUAAUUGUUGGUGUGGAUUUAUAUCCUAUCAAACCAGUUCCAGGAUGUAUUAGCUUCAUAGGAGACAUCACAACAGACAAAUGUAGAGUAGAUCUUAGUAGGGAAUUAAAAACUUGGAAAGCAGAUGUUGUACUCAAUGAUGGUGCUCCUAAUGUUGGUCAAAACUGGUUACUGGAUGCGUAUCAACAAGCUACUUUGACACUUUCAGCUUUGAAGUUAGCAACACAAUUUUUGAGACGUGGAGGCUGGUUUAUAACAAAAGUUUUUAGAUCCAAAGAUUAUAGUCCAUUAAUUUGGGUUUUUAAACAGUUGUUCAAGAAGGUACACGCAACAAAACCUCAUGCAUCUCGCGAUGAAUCUGCUGAAAUUUUUGUAGUUUGUAAGAAUUAUAUUGCUCCUAGUAAAGUGGAUCCUAAAUUUUUGGAUCCAAAACAUGUAUUUGCUGAAAUUGAUUUGGAGCCACAAUACAAACUCAAUGUCUAUAACCCUGAAAAACAAAAGAAAGCUAAAGCAUUAGGUUAUCCAGAGAAUGAUUAUACAUUAUAUCAUAAAGUAUCAGUUAAAGAUUUUAUAGCUAGUGAAAGUGCUGUAGAGGGUUUACAAAAUGCAUCUGAAAUUGUUAUUGAUGAUGACAGAGUGCUAAAUCAUAAAAAGACCACCAAAGAAGUUAUUGAGUGUUGCAAAGAUAUCAAAGUUUUAGGUAAAAAGGACUUCCGCUUACUUAUGAAUUGGUGGAAGGUGUUAAAAGAUGAAUUUUGUAAUAAGGAUGAGAAAAAAGGAGAGUCAGAGGAAAAAGUUAACGAAAAACCAUUGUCUUUAGAAGAACAAGAAGAUUUAGAGGAUGAGCAAAUUGAAGAGGAAAUUAAAAAGUUGAAACAAGAAGAGAUUCGGGAAUUAAAAAGAAAAAAGAAACGUGAAAAUAAGGAAAAACAAAAAAUACAUCAGAAAUUAAAUCUUAAAAUGAUCAAUAAAGGAGAUGAAGGACCAACAUUAGAAUCUGACGAUAUGUUCAGCUUAAAACAAAUCAAAAAUAUUAAGGAUUUGCAGCGAAUAACAGAUCAAAGUCCAGAUAUUGUUGCUGAAAGUGAUGAAGAAGAGGACCUGAUAAAACCAAAAGUUGUAAGAUAUGAAAAGGACAAUGGUCAUUUAGACAGCAAAGGCCUUUUUUAUAAAAAUGAGGAUAGUGAAUUAGAAUUUGAAUCUGAAGAUGACAAUGAAAGUGUUAAGUCUGGCUUAGCAUUGAGUGAUGCUGGAGAGGAUGAAGAUGAAAAGCCAACGAAAUCUACAAAAAGAGUUAGUUUCAAAGAUGUGAAAGAAGCUGAUGAUGAAGAUGAUGAUGAUGAUGAUGAUGAGAAAAACCCAUUAAUAACGGAUUUGGAUCAUAGAGAUAAGAAAUCGAAGAAAUUAGCAAAAGCAGAAUUAUUUUUCGAUAGAGAUAUAUUCAAAGAUAUAGAAGAUGAAAGACUAGACAACAUUGAAAUAGAUAAAAUGAUUGAAGUACAUAAGAAGAAAGGUGGUAUAAUUAUUGGCGAUAACGAUAAAGUCACAAAAAAAAGGAAAACUAAAAAUAAGGAAGAUGAUGACAAUGACGACAGUGGUACAGAAGACAAUGAUGAUAAAGAUUCUGAUUAUGAUUCAGAUUACAACGUAAAUGAAGUUAUGAGGCCAGAGAAAAAAGCAAAAAAAAUUGGAGGCAAAGAUGGAUUUGAAGUGGUAUCUGCCGACAAACCGACCAAGUUAAAAGGGAAACGAAAGUUGACAGAAGGAGACCUGGCUCUUGGAUCCAUGUUAAUCCAAAGUAAAAAAUUACGCAGAGAUAUAGUUGAUGGAGCAUGGAAUAGAUACGCCUUCAACGAUAAUAAUCUGCCAGAUUGGUUUGUCGAGGAUGAGAAAAAGCACAUGAAGAAAGAUGUUCCGGUACCGAAGGAAUUGGUAGACGAUUAUAAAAAACGAGUACAAGAUAUAAAUGUCAGACCUAUCAAGAAGGUAAUGGAAGCAAAGGCGAGAAAGAAGCAACGUGCACUUCGUAAACUUGAACGAGCAAAGAAGAAGGUAGAGGCGGUAAUGGACAAUACCGAGAUUAGUGAUAGAGAAAAAGCUAGACAAGUUAAAGCGUUGUACAAAAAGGCGACGAAAGAGCCUAAGAAAGAGGUGACAUAUGUGGUUGCAAAGAAACACAUGGCACAAAAGCGAUCAGCACGACCUGCUGGUGUGAAAGGUCGAUACAAGAUCGUAGAUCCACGAAUGAAAAAGGAUUUAAGAGCACAGAAAGCCAAGGAAAAAACGAAGGGUCGUGGAAAGAAGAGUCGCGGUGGCAAACCUUCAAGAGGAAAGCGAUCGGUGCCCAAAGGAAAGAAAGCGAAAUAACUGUUAGUGUGUUGUUAAAUCGUUGAUGGAUUUUUUUUGCAUUUUUCUACGUAUUAUAAAUAUGUAAAUAGUCGAUGAAACCGAAUAUUUUAUUGUUAAAAAAUAAUAAUUACAUCUGUGGAAUUAACAUUCUGGCGUGUAUGAAACUUACUGUAUGAGUAAGUAAAUGAAUUGCUUUUACGAAAAGAAUCUGUCUUCAUCUAUCAAUGAAAACGUUUUCCGGAAACUUUCCGGCAACUA